UUCGCCACUGCUUCAAUAAUUUAAGAGCUUUCGAAAGCGAAAAAGAAGCGAAAAGUGAUUGAGAUUGAUAAACUGAUAGACCUGAAGAUCAACAAUGGCCAAACUGAGUCUAGCCAUCGUUCUUAUAGUAGGGAUAGUCUCCGUUCACACCAACAAAAUCAAUGUUUUUGAAGGACUUUUCGACCAAGUUUGGGAGGAAGCCAAUUUUGAUGGACUCACUUUGGUCUAUACUUGGGCCCCAACCUUUUGUGUAAAGGGACCAUGUACACUCAAGAGCACAGCUAAGAAGAUAUGGACAAUACACGGUUUGUGGCCGUACAGUAAUAACAUGGCACCUUCUCAGGGGAGGACAAUUAACUGCGGAGGAAUGUACAAUCAGGCUGCUAUCUCUACAAUAAGAUCCGAGUUGGAGGAUAAGUGGCCAUCGUAUAGCUCCAAAACCACUGACCAAUUCUGGAAACAUGAGUACGUAAAGCAUGGUACAUGCGCAGGUAACCUAGCCAAGUUUAAUUCGCAGCUCAAGUAUUUCGAAGGCUCCAUCGAUCUCUUUGAUAGAUACGACAUCAAAUCUAUCUUGGCAAACGGCAACAACCCUGUGCUACCCUCUAGAAAUAUUAAUUAUCCACUGAGUUGGAUCACAACAGCUCUCAAGAAGGGACUCGGAGUGGAACCUAAUCUCUACUGCAUAUCGAAGAACCGUGUGCAAUACUUGUUCGAGAUUCGAGUAUGUUUCGACACGUCUCCCCAAUCCGUUCUGAUUGACUGUACCGGGCUGACUGGCGGUGGUAAAUGCAACCCUGGCACGGUCGUAUAUCCCCCGUUUCAAGACUACGUCAAUGCCAAGUCUCUGUCACGUGACGAACUCGAUUCUGAUUGGCUGUUCAACAUGGUGGCUGAAAUAAUGGAAGACAGAGAUGGUGAUGAUGAGACCAUGCAGCUAUAAAACAAUAAUAGCUCCAUGAUGAGACUACAGUGCGUAUCAAAAAAAAGUUUACACUUUAAAAAAGCCUUGGGAAUUCAAAAAAUAUACAACAUGUGGGUAAUUUUUUCACAUAUAAUCUUGGGUUUGGGUCUCAUCUAUCCAAUGAACAUGAUGAAAGUAAAAGUUUUGACAGAAUGUUACACUUGAGUGAGCACUGUCCAUUUUUGUAAAGCUCGCAUAAAUCUGUUUGCGCAGAAAUGCUCGUUUUCACGCUGUGUCAAGGGGAGAGGGCGAAAUAAAACUUACCCUGCGAAACAUUUCUCAUAUUUCCCUUGCACUUUUAGUCAAUUGAAAUAAAACGGAUACAUUCAAAAGUUUUGUAACAAUUUUGCCACCCACACCCAAAUUGAAAUUUCAACACUUGGUAAGCACAACCUUUACGCUUUUUGUGCUAGCUGCAUCUGAGGACAUAACUGAAUCUGAUAAAAAGUUUAUAUCAGACAUCUCCAGCAUUCUUUCACUAAGUUUUUAUCAUUUAAAGUCGGUUUACAUUUCAUUUUUCAUUUAAUACUUGUUUCUCCAUACUUUUUCCAAGCUUGACAAUGAUCAACAAAAUGAAAAUCAAGCCUAAGCCAUUUCAUGUAAAUCACAGCUCAGUGUAAAGCAAAUAUCGUCACGAUGGCCUCGGUGUGUGGGGGAGUGGGGUGGGGCGCAAUGCACUUUUCGAAGUGUUGUGGGCAUGGAAACAAGUUAAAAAAGGUAAAAGAUAUCUUCAAAUCAAUUGUACUAGCUAAAUCCCACGUGUUCUUCAUAAUUAAGGUCUACUUUUAUUCGAAGAACUAUUUCAAAGUUCUGCGCAAAUCAUUUUUCACUAACUUAUCAAAAGUGAUGCUCACUCAAGCGGAAAUAUUUUUCGACAGUUAUAUCGUCAUUUGCUUAAAUGGAUCUGUACCAAUGUUAAAAUGUGGAAAAAUCUUCAGGAUAUUACAAAUGUAUAAUUUUACCGGAUUUUUUCUAAGUGUAAACUUUUUUUUGAUACGCACUGUAUAAUACCGCCUCCACCGAAAGGAUUAUAGGAAACGAUCAACUUCUAAUCAAAUUUAUGCCAGGGUAUAGAAUUCAAAGAAAAUUAAAUUUUCUCGUUUUUAUUGUCUUUAGGUUGAUGGUGUUGUAUUAUUCUGCUUUCAAAUUUGUAUAUUCCUUUAUCAAAGGUCAAGUUCACCCCAGGAAAAUGCUGACUUGAAUAAAUAGAGAAAAAUUAAACUAGAAUAGUGCUGAAAAUUUCAUCAAAAUCGGAUGUAAAAUAAGAAAGUUAUGACAUUUCAAAGUUUCGCUUAUUUUUCACAAAACAGUGAUAUGCACAACUAGGUGAGUCGGUCGAUUAUGUCCAUCACUCACUAUUUCUUUUGUUUUUUAUUGUUUGAAUUAUACAAAAUUUCAUUUCUUAUAUAGAUUUGACAAUAAGGACCAACUUGACUGAACCAUAAAGUAUUAAACAAAGCUAAUUCCACAUGCUCAGGGAGGAAUUAAUCGUUAUAUCACUUGACAAUGGGGAGAAAAUUAGAAUAUUUCAUAUUUCCUAUAAUAAAAUACAAAAGAAAUAGUGAGUGGAUGACGUCAUAGUCUCCUCAUUUGCAUACCAGCCAGGAUGUGCAUAAUAACUGUUUUGUGAAAUUAAGCGAAACUUUAAAAUGUCAUAACUUUCUUAUUUUACAUCCGAUUUUGCUGACAUUUUCAGUGUUAAUCUUGUUGGAUUUUUCUCUUUUUAUUCAAAUCAACUUUUUGUUGGGGUGGACUUGUCCUUUAAAAUGGUAUUUUCACCAAAUGAAUGAGGAAUAGCAUAGUAAUACAUGUUGAUAAAGCACCAAUGACGGGAUUAUUUUGAUUAUUUUCCCUUGUUAGUUUUAUUGGCGAUAAAAUCAUUGUCACGUGAUUUCAAUUCAAUAUGAUUUUAUUCCAUUCUAUAUAUACAAAAGUUACAUCAACAGGUAAAUAUAUGGGUUUCAAAAUACAAUAUUGCAAUGAUAUAGAUAAAAUUACAUGAUUAAAAUGGAAAAUAGCAGUGCUGUACAAAACCCCAGAGAGCUUGUAUUGACAGCCACCACAACAUUAAAUAAAUCAAUAUAUGUCCACCUGUUUUUUUACCUCUAACAAAUAUUUGAAAAAUUUCCCAACACAUAAAAGAAAUUUAAUUUUACACUCAAAAUUAUCUGCAGAGGCGGAUCCAGGAUUUUUCGAAAGGGGACACAUUUUUCCGAGGAAAAAUUUGACAAGCAAUAAAAAAAAGGUUUUAACCAAAAAUUAAUGGUAUUUCGUCCACGAAAAAAAAUUGACAAGCAAAAAAAAACACUUUCAAAAGGGGGCGGGGCACACUUCUAUUUUAACGGCAUUUUUACAUUAAAAAAACACUUUCAAAAGGGAAGGGACACUAUUCUGUUUUAACGGCAUUUUUAUAUUACAAAUUUUAAUUGUGCCUCUCAAAAGGGGGGGCACGGGCCGGCUGUGCCCCCCCCCCCCGCCCCCUGCAUCCGCCAGUGGCACCGGGGCUUAUAACUAUAGUUUUAUAUAAAUUAUAUCUACAUAUAUAAUAGUCAACCACAAUAAAAUUGUUAUUUGCUUAUAAAAAUUAGUGUUGUUUCAUUAGUAUUUUUAAAGAAAAUUCACACUGUAAUGUAUUUCAAUAAUUCAGGAACACACCACUCUAAAUGAUACUGGGAUUGCGGGGCUUCUUAUUUAGGGGGUGUUUCCCGGGGGUGUUUCACAAAAAUUAAUCAAUUAUUUAUUUCCUGACGUACAACCGAUUGGUUGGUUUGUAUUUGGUGUCGAUGAGUCGAGCAUAUAAAAGCGUGUUUAAGGCAACUGCCUUCAUUUUAUAUGUAUAUCAUUCUGUAUUUGCUUUUGUUUGAAUUAGGUAAACUGACAUUAUGAGCGCUUUGAGCCAUUUGGAAAAGCGCCUCAUGAAUAAUGAGUAUUAUCAUUAUUAUUAUUUACACUUAUUGUAGGUUUAUGACAUUAUUGACACAUGAAUUCAUUUGAUGCAAUUAUCAAAUUAAUAAACUGGUGCAUAAGAGUGGGGAAAAAAACAAAGGAAGGCAUAAUAAACUGGUGCAUCACUAACCUGAUUGGUCUUCUAUACUCACUAAUGUCCCUUUUGUCUCCUUGUUUCUAGUGUUGCUGUAGCUUGUCUGUGGUCUAUAUUAUAGUUGUUCCACUUUAUAUGUUUGUCAUUUUGCCUCCGACGAAGAUUCUGCUAGGAUCGAAAGCUUAGGCCCCUUUUUGACUUUCUAAUUAUCAAAUUACUUAGAUAAAAUACCUCUUGAGACAUUUUUUUAAUUUCAUUGGUCAUUUGUGAGGUGUAAAGGUUUUCUCCCGUCUCACUCUGUUUGUUAAUUGAAGCUAAUGCAUAAAAUAUGUGGAAUGCGUAAAAGAUAAAGAAUAAAUAUAACAUGAUAAGAAACAAAUUGAGUAUAUAUAUGUUGAUCAUUGCGAGAACGAGUCGCAGAAAGAUACACGAUCAAUCGUUAAGGUUACACUUAAAUUGCGAGGAGCAAAUACAAUGAUUAAUAUUCAAACAUGAAUUUCACCGUGAUCAUCAUCACGUGGCAUUUUAAGUAUGAAUACUUCAUUUGAUAUUAACGGUUUUGCGUAUAUUUUUGGUGAAAUGGUUAUUAAAGAAAUACUUUCUUUCUUCA